AUGGCUACAACUAAAGUUUCCCUGGGUCUCAGUGCCCAAAAGUCUCUUCCCGGUUACCUACGACCAACGAUCGCCUCGUCAAUGCGCACCGUGUCCAAAAGCCGGAAAUUACCCGCCGCCCCUAAGCAGAGGACCGUUUUGCCUGUCCAGCUUAGAGGUGGUGUCGUUCCGCAAGGAGCGAAGAAGGCGAUGGCAAAGGUCGGUGUUGCAGCGACACCACGACAAACGCUUGCGACGAUGACGAAGAAGAUGACGACAAAGCCGACAGCCUUACCAAAGGCACCAGUGGAGGGACCUGAGACAGUCCCUGGGAAGCUGGUUGAUCUUUCGGUCAAGGAUACGAAGACGGAGACGACGGAGACGACGGCAGCCUUGCCAGAGGCACCAGUGGAGGGACCUGAGACAGUCCCUGGGAAGCUGGCUGCUUUCUCGGCCACGACGGCAGAGACGGCGGAGACGACAGCGCCAGCGGCGCCAGCGGAGGGGCCUGAGACAGCCUCAGGGAAGCUGGUCGUUAGCUCGGCAGCGACGACGACGACGACGACGACGACGACGACGACGACAAAGGCACCGAGCCGGAAGCGCAGGCCACGGGCUCGGAAGGUCUGGACGCUUGGGGAUCUCGUGGAGAUCUUCAAGAAGGAGAGCCCGAGGGGGGCGCUGCUUGUGGGGAAGCUGGGGUUGUGGCAGCAGAAGGCUCAGAGGUUCCUUGCGAGGUUCCCUGAGCAGGAGAAGAGGAAGAGGAGGGAAAAGAGGGUGAAAAGUUUUCGGAACAAGGAGGGGCAUUUUGCGAUGAGGAAGACGAGACUGGAAACAGUCGAUGAAGGGGAGGAAGAGGGGGAACAAAGUGAGGAGGAUUCAGAAGAGGGGACGGUGAUUCGGGGGGAUUUUGAGAGUGAGGAUGAGGGUGAGUAUGAGGAAGAGGAGGAUUAG